GCCGAAAUUGACAAGGUCUUGAAAAAGGUUGCGGAAGGUGUUGAAACCUUUGAAGAGACUCUAGAAAAGAUUGAAACAUCAACGAAUGCCAACCAAAAGGACAAGUAUGAAUCGGACCUUAAGAAGGAAAUUAAGAAGUUGCAACGACUACGUGAUCAGAUCAAGACUUGGAUCUCCUCAAAUGACAUCAAGGACAAGAGGGCACUCAUGGACAACCGAAAACUCAUUGAACAGCAAAUGGAAAAGUUCAAGGCAAUUGAAAAGGAAAUGAAGACGAAAGCAUAUUCCAGAGAAGGAUUGAUCAUGUCUGGACGCAUGGAUCCUAAGGAGAAGGAAAAAGCGGAGACGUGUUCUUGGGUAACAGAUCGUGUUGAAGCAUUGAGUAUCCAAAUCGAAGCUCUAGAGGCUGAGGUAGAGACUUUACAAGCAGGCACAAAGAAGGGCAAGAACAACUCUUCAAAGGAAAGGAUAUCAGAACUGGAGGAGAAGAUUGAGCGACAUAAGUGGCAUCAAGGGCGUCUGGAACUAAUCCUAAGGCUUUUGGAAAACGGUCAGAUCGAUACCGAAAAGGUCAUUGCAAUUCAGGAAGAUGUGAACUACUAUGUUGAUGAGAACCAGGAUCCGGAUUUCGCAGAAGACGAGGAGAUUUACACGGAUUUGAAUCUGGAAGAUGAAGAGGAUUAUUUUGCAGUUGGUAUGGAAGAUCAUUCAGUUACUCAUGAUUAUGAUGAGAAGGAUGAUACACCAACGCCUACCAAGAAGCAGGCAAAGGAACCAGAGCCAGAGCCUUCACCCACAAAACCUCCUCAAGCAAACGAAACAGCUAAAGUAACAUCACCAUCACCGCAGGCGGCUACGAUAACUACACCAGCGUCAUCGUCAGUGCAGACACUAGCAUCAGAACCCAAGGAUGAAUCCAAAUCUUUAUUAACAUCAUCAACUGACCCCGCUUCAACGGCAUCUAAAGCGUUAGAAUCUCCGUUUACAACAUCCAUAGCAGAAAAACAAGCUAGCGCAGAAAUUGAGGGGCUAUUACCUGCAGCAUUGGCUGAUCUUGCACAUAGCUUUGAAGCGUCCAAGGAACGAGCGCUACAAAAAGAGGUUGGAUUCUUUGCUCAACAAAUGUUGGAAGCCAGUUAUCAAUUCAUGCCAGAAGCUGUGGACACUGAACGACCAAAGAAUUAUGCACCCAAGGAUCCUUAUCCAACACCAUCCUAUUACCCACAAGCACCGAUGCCAGGAGUAUUUGACAGUCCUGCCAUGUUUGAGAAGUUUGACAUUGACACGCUGUUCUUUAUCUUUUACUACCAGCAAGGGACAUACCAGCAGUAUCUUGCUGCGCGUGAGUUGAAGAAGCAGUCCUGGCGCUUCCAUAAAAAGUAUCUAACAUGGUUUCAACGGCAUGAGGAGCCAAAGGCAAUUACGGACGAUUAUGAACAAGGCACAUAUAUUUACUUUGACUAUGAAGGAGCAUGGUGCCAACGCAAGAAGACGGAUUUCCGUUUCGAGUACAAGUUCCUGGAGGACUCUGAACUCGUGUAA